AGAAUAUUUUUACUGUUUCAGCAACAGUCCCAAGAAAAGGCAAGUAUCAGACACAGACAAUUGAGAGUUGAGUUGAGUUACCACUGAUUGAAAGUAUCUUCUGUUUAAAAAAGUCCCCUGAAAGAAAGACGAAAAUACUAUCUCAAACUUGCGAAAUCUGCUGGCGGCAAUUGAUCAGAAACAAUUUAUCAAAAUAAAAGAAAAAAAUAUGGAAUUGGAGAGCGUUGGGGGUCUGGCGAUGCACACAAUACUCUCAAAAUUGGGUCCAUCAGAUGCUGCGUCGGUGAGUUGCGUCGGAAAGAGAUUUCUCGUUUGGGCCUCCGACGACUCCCUUUGGGCCAAAUUCUGUUUCUUUGAUCUUGAGCUCUCUUCGCCUCUUGAUCCCCACGGCAACCCGGCCCCUUCAUUCAAGGCAGCUUAUAAAGCAUGGCGACAAGCAUUUUCUACGUAUCCGUGGCCACUGGUUAUACGAGCUAAACAAUGUUGGAGCAGACUCAAAAGCUGGUUAGCAGUGAACUUUCCAGAGGUUUUGCCCACCCUGCGUGAGGGUGCAUCCGAAGCUGAGAUCACUGAGUUUGAGAAUUCUAUGAAAGUAAAACUGCCUCUUCCUACGAGGCUUCUCUAUCGUUUUUGUGAUGGUCAAGAACUACCAAAUGAAGAGUUCAGUGGAAGCUUCCCUUCAACUUUGUUGGGUAUUAUGGGGGGCUACUCUUUAUAUGAUCAUCUGGUAAAUGUGUUCCUGUUGCCCUUAAGUCAGGUGAUACUUGACACCAAGGGUAUUAUGCAUCACAUGGGAUUCAGCAACAGAUCUGAGUAUAUCGUUGUUGCAGCUUCUGCUACCUACAGUGAAAAGAUUUUCUUCCUGAACUGUCGCACUGGUCAACUUUUUGUUGGUACAAGGAAUCUUGCUGUUGAUGGAGAAAUGCUUCCUUGUGUGCCAGAUACAUUGAUAAGUUCAGUGCAUGAAUCAAAAGGUAGUGAACAACAGGAUGCCAUGCUAUUAUGGCUAGAAGAACAUGGUCGUCGCUUGCACGAUGGCACUAUUAAGGUUCGCCAAGAACGAAAGAUCAGAAGCAUCAAUCUGUUUCCAGAGCAACCUCCCCUAUGUUCCUCCGCUAUAACAAAUGGCGUUAAGGUCCAUGCUUCUGCUGUAUUUGUACCUGAGUUCAGUAACCUUCGCGAUGAAUCAGAGAAGUUUUUGUUUGCUUAUUCUAUCCGCAUGUCUCUUUCCCCUGGUGGAUGUGUCAUCGAAGGAAUGAUGUUCAGUUCUUGCCAGUUGUAUCGGAGACACUGGACCAUACGUGCUAAUGAUGCUGUAGUAUCAAAUGUCAAUGGAGAAGCCGUGAUAGGAAGGCUAACUGGCUACAGUGGAGUUCUUUUCACUCUGGGAAAUGAUGGAGAUUAAUACCUGACGCCUCGGGAAGUAUCUUGUAGGGUGACUUUAUGCAUUUAUUUGAUGCUUAAGUGUAGAUAUUUAUUUUAUUUUCUUGUAAUAAUUAUUAGCAGUUUGAGUGUGUUCCCUAGUCUUGUUAGGACUUCUACUUCUCAAUAUGUCAAUUGUUGAUAACAAUUCUGGCAUUCUAUUAGCAAUUAUUAGACUUUCACUCUCUAUUCUCUUUUCAUCUCCCAAUUCCUGUGUACUCUCUUCCACUGUCCUACAUCAAAAGACCCAGUCAAAGGUAGGAAAACUAUCACUCUAUAUAUCUUAAGACGUUUGGCAGUUAUUUAGUAGACUCAUUGAACAAACACUAAGUUAACUACAUAAUUUGGAACUAUUUGAUCUGGAGGGUUACAUAGCGUAAAUGGCGCAAAGGAUACUGCCUAUAUCUAAAAGAUGAUGAAAUCUCAUUCCUGUCCUGGUUCUUAACAGCUUGCUCAUUCUUAGCUUUCAUGUUGCUUUGACCUGAUUUAAAAAAAGAUCCAGUAACUAAUUUAAGGCGGUGGCAAAUUAUUAUAUUUGAAUAUGCUUCAAGGCUUUUACAGGGGCUUCAUGAAGCAAGUUAAUUUGGCUGUUUCAUUCCAUUCAAUUUGUGCUGACUCCUUGAUAUUCACUAAGGGUGAAGUCUGAAGUACUCACGUCCAGCACAAUAUAUGGUCUAUCAAGAAUGUUGCUAAUUCCUCCUCAGCAUUACAUCGUAUUAGUGAAAUACCUUAUGCAUCAAAUUUUUGGUGUGUAAUUAAGGCUUUCAUAAAAAUUCUUGUAGAAUCGAGUGUUAUAGAUAUUACAUUUGUGGUUUUUGGUUACGAAUAAUAGUGAAGACAGAGAAUGUAGCCAUAUGAACUUAACAAAAAAAGGAUUACUACUUUCACAAGCUUCCGAAGACUAUUUGUUGAGUUGAUGAUGUUGCAUUUUCAGUCUUACAUUACUCU